AUGGGCCGGGUACCCGACCCGGUAAAAAUCUCGGACAAAACUCAAAAGCCCCAAAACAAGGAAAUUAGGGUUUUGUUUCCUUCGCUUCAACUUCCCCUUCUUCCUCUGUUACUCUGUCUUCUUCCUCAACCCUCAACUUUCCCACCCUCCUCAGCGGCUCCGCCGCACUCAACUCUUCAUCAGUCCUCCUCCCUCUCUCACGGAUCUCCGGUCACGGCUCACGGCUCUCACCCUCAGUCCUACUCUCCUCACUCUCGCAACUCGCAACUCGCAAGGCUUCACUCCAAGUCUCUAAGGAUCAAUAAGCGUUGUCCAUCUACAGGUUUGAAGAUGAUGCAUAAUUGGGAUCGGGAUUAGAGGGCUUGUAUUUAGUUUUGAUUCGCUAAGUUGACUUGGGUUUGUUAAAUUGAACUUUAAACUUGUCGUACUAGCUACAUUACUUUAUUUUCGUUGAUUGGUUUUGGAUUUUACUCUGUAAUUGUUUAUUUAUAAACCUAAAGUUAUUUUUAUGUUUUCCGCUACAAAAUUCUGAAUAAGCCGUUACGUUUUCA